AUGUUUGAAGAAACGUUUGAGGCCGGAUUCAAAAUCACAUCGGCCAAACUCGAUAACGAUACCUUCGAUGAUUGUUCGAAACAAUAUAUAGGAAAGAAUACUGCUAAGGAGUGCUAUACCCAAAGCGAAUCGUGCGAAGUGCACUUCAUCAUCGAUGACAAGAGCAAAUACAAUCAAGUCAAGUUUAUGGUGGGCGCAGAAGCUAAGGUGACCUACGAAAUUAAAGAAGGCGUGUUGGUGGAAAAGAACGAGACCUCAGUCAAGCAAGGUGCAGCCGCAGGAACCACAAUCGAAAAAAAGAAUUUCCCUCUGUCAUUCAUCCCAACUGAAAUGCAACUUGUAUCGACGACCGGUGAUGCGGUCGUUAAGGUCAAUAAGCCAUGUCCAACGAAACCAGCAGAGAAAGCAGAAAACUGCUUAACUAUUUCAAACGAGAUGUUUCCUGUCACCGUGAAGGCCAACAUGGCAGAGGCAGUGCGGGUGCUUAUGUUCACAGGGGAAGGUUCUAAGACACUGGAAGUCACAUUCAAGCCAAAAGGCAAUUCAGGCAGCUCUGCAGCGGCAUGGAUUUCACAUUCCGUAGCCCUCAUUCUGGCCAACCUGGCCAUGGUGUACGUCUUCCCCUAG